AUGGCUGCGGGCAUGGCUGUUGCUGCGAAAGUGCUAGUUGGGGCGGCGGCGGCGUUUUUUUCGGCGGUUAUGUUGGGGUGGUAUUUGUUGGCUGUUAUUAUGUUUGUCGAGGUUGGGUUUGAGUUUCCGUUGCCGGUUGUAGAUUUGAGUACGAGGUUUAAGGGGAGGAGUGAUAGGGAGGCUGCGAAUCGUGAAUAA